AUGAAAACUCAGCCCAUUUACCUCUCUUUGGUCAUCGCCUCGUUCAUAGGGUCUGGGGCAACAAAACUCGCUGAGCAGACAUUAACAUUCGAUAGUGUCUCCUUUGAGACCCGAGCUCGUUGGAUGCGCUUAGCAAACCAAGCAUUGAGUGAUAUAAGCGGAUCACCAUGUCCGUUUGCGGCAUUCGGAACCGUUAUCGUAAAUCAUACCGACUCUCCUGUUGGCAAGCUGAUAUGUAUGGGCGUCAAUGAGAAUCGCAAGACGGGGAACCCGGCUCUCCACGGUGAAAUUGCAGCAAUUACUAAUUGCACCGAUAUUCUUACCGAUUCUCAAGGCGACUUUCGAUUGUCAACAUCCGAGGCACAGAGUGCGUUCUCCGAUCUGAGCUUGUACACAAAUGCUGAGAGCUGUCCGAUGUGUGCCUCUGCAAUUCGCUGGGCGGGUUUUAGAGAAUACAUCUAUGGAACGUCUAUUGCCAGACUCACAGAAGUAGGAUGGCAUCAGAUUCAAAUCUCGUCAAUGGAGGUCUUCGCCGCGUCUUAUGACCUACCGACUCGGUCACGCCUCAUAGGCAAUUUUUUGGCCAACGAGACCGACCCUUAUUUCUUGUGGCAAUUCAAUCCAGCUUAUCCGUGCCCAAAGGGUUGUUCACGUACGAGAACAGGAGCUAGCUGUAAAGCUUCUUGGUAUACUUAA